UCUUUGUCGUAAAAGAGCACUACUACCACUAAAAAAAAAUUCCGAUUGUAGAAAUUACAACACGAUGAAGCUCGCCGCACCUUCGCCGGCGUUGUAUAUCGCCGUUUUCCUGUUAAUUACGACGGUUGCGUCGAUCGGCGCGUCGCCGCCGCGGCUUAUGCGGCUGCCGGCGUCCAGCAACAAAAAUUACUUGACGAAUGAAGAGCACUGGUUCAAUCAAACCCUCGACCACUUCUCCCCUUACGAUCAUCGUCAAUUUCGGCAACGGUAUUAUGAAUAUCUUGACGAUUUUCAGACACCCAAUGGACCGAUAUUUCUCAAGAUAUGCGGAGAAUCUGCUUGCAGUGGAAUCACCAAUGAUUAUUUGGCUGUUUUGGCGAAGAAGUUUGGAGCAGCUGUCGUUUCUCUCGAGCAUCGUUACUAUGGAAAGAGCACCCCUUUUAAUUCGUCCACCACAGAGAAUCUGAGAUAUCUUUCGUCGAAACAAGCACUUUUCGAUUUGGCUGCUUUCAGACAGUAUUAUCAGGAGUCGUUGAAUUUGAAGCUCGAAAGAUCGAAUAUCGAUAAUCCAUGGUUUGUGUUUGGUGUUUCGUAUUCGGGAGCACUUAGCGCAUGGUUCCGUCUCAAGUUUCCUCACCUUACUUGUGGAAGUCUUGCUAGCUCUGCAGUUGUCGAAGCAGUUUACAAUUUCACGGAUUUCGAUAAGCAGAUAGGUGAAUCUGCGGGCCCCGAGUGCAAAUCUGUCUUGCAAGAAAUCACUCGUCUUGUUGAUCAGAAACUCGAAUCUAAUGGAAAAGCACUAAAGACGUUAUUUAGCGCCGCCCAACUAAAAAACGACGGUGAUUUCAUGUAUUUUCUGGCAGAUGCUGCAGUUACAGCGUUCCAAUAUGGAAAUCCCGAUAAAGUAUGCAUCCCUCUAAUCGAAGCAAAGAAAGCCGGAAAAGAUCUAGUGGAAGCAUAUGCUACAUACGUAAAGGAGUACUAUGUAAAGAGUUUGGGUGUCAGUGUCGAGACAUACGACCAACAACAUUUGAAGAAAACAACAUUGACAGGUGGCAGUUCCGAUCGAUUAUGGUGGUUCCAAGUCUGUACAGAAGUUGCUUAUUUUCAAGUCGCACCUUCAAACGACAGUAUUCGCUCCUCAAAAGUCGAUACUAGGUACCAUUUGGAUCUCUGUAAAAAUGUAUUCGGGGAAGGCGUAUUUCCUGAUGUUAAUGCGACAAAUUUAUACUACGGAGGCAAAAGAAUUGCUGGGUCGAAAAUAAUCUUCACAAACGGAUCACAGGACCCGUGGCGACAUGCAUCGAAACAGACUUCGUCGCCCGAGAUGCCUUCGUACAUCAUAAAAUGUCAUAACUGUGGACAUGGAACCGACAUGCGCGGCUGUCCCCAGUCUCCUUUGGUUCCUGAAGGCGAUGCAAAGAAUUGCAGCUCACCGGACGCAGUUAAUACGGUAAGGAAACAAAUCAUCGAACACAUCGAUUUGUGGCUAUCUCAAUGCCAAAGUUCGGGUGCAUGUUCAAUGUAAAGAAAACUAUGUCAGAGAAAAACACGAAACAUCAUUUGACUAUCAUCAUCAGAUUUGUGUCACAAUUUCUGCAAAUGUAUAGAUCUAUCAUUUAGUAGGUUGUAAUUUUUUCAAUUGGUUUAAUGUAAUGAAAAAAAUCAUCUGACUGGAAACUUUUUACCGUUCAGCACGUAGAGAGUUUAGACGGGCAUUCGACGAGUGCGCGUAAUUAAACGUUGGAACUUUCAGCCAACCCUUUUAAUCUUACACCAUUUUUGU